AUGGCAAUAACUGCAGCAGCAGCAACAGCAGCAGCAGCGGCGGCAAACAAGCUAAACAAGUAUUGCUGUGCCGAAAGGCAGCAGCAGCAGCAGCAGCAGCAGCAACAGCAACAUCAGCAGAUAAAAGGCAGACAAAAGGCACGAGAUGUGAGAGACGUCUAG